UAAUUAUUUGGGCAAAAAUAUGACGUCAGCUUUUCUUUUGUUUCCCAAAACGAUCAUGUAGAUUUCCUUUUCCUGUUUGAAAUUAAAGUCAACAGACAUCAUCAAGGAUAUCUGUUUCAAAAUGUCUGACGCGGAAGGAGAUGAUGUCCAAACCUCAACCCCAAGUGCUGCCAAAGACUCCAGUGCUCCUAUGGAUAUAUAUGAGGCUUUGCAAGAAGUUCUUAAAACAGCUUUAAUACAUGAUGGCUUAUGUAGAGGUGUUAAAGAAGUCACAAAAGCAUUAGACAAACGACAGGCUCAUUUGUGUGUGUUAGCUAACAGUGUUGAUGAACCAUUGUAUACCAAGCUUAUUGAAGCUUUAUGUGCAGAACAUGGAAUCAAUCUUCUGAAGGUGGAUGAUGCCAAGAAAUUGGGUGAAUGGGCUGGCCUCUGCAAAUUAGAUAAAGAAGGCAAAGCAAGAAAAGUUAAUGCAUGUGGGGCUGUAGUUGUUAAGGAUUAUGGUAAAGAUUCUCAGGCUCUUGAUAUUGUCAAGAAUUAUUUCAAAUCCAAGUAAAAAAAAUGUCUGCAUUUGGAAAAUUAAAGAUAUAAAAAAGUU